UAUGGAAGUCCAAGAUAAUUGUCAAUUAUUUCACUUGUGUUUAAUUUUUUUAUCAGGAGUGUCAUCGGCCAUCUGUUACAGACUUUGAUAUGAAUGAUCCUCGUCGUGUCUGGUAUUGUACUCGGUGUACCAAGACCAUGAAGAAAAUGACCAUCAAAUCUAAGAAGUCCAAUAAGCCUGUCAUCACAGGCACCAGUAAAGAUGCUACACCCAGUUUUAAAAAUAAAGGUGACACGCUCGGGACUACAACACUUCAACCAUUUAAACGUUCUGAGAUUAAGGUAUGUUCCAGAGUACCUCUGACUCAGACCAGUGUUACAACUGUAACCACUAACAAACCUGUAGGUUUGGCUGGCUUAGCUGCAAAUCUUAGUGCUCGACCAGCAGUUAGCUCUUCUCCUUCCUCUGGCUUUCCUUCUAAACUUAUUUUCUCAACUAACAGAACCCUUGGAUCUUCCACAUCAGUAGCAACCAAACCACCUUUCACCAGCAUCACACCCAGUGUGUUAUCAAAGGGUUUGGUUUCGUGUGGUGCUCAGACUAAAGUGACUCCCACCAGUAGCUCAGGCUCCACGAGUUCUCAAGCAGCUACUCUGGCCGGAACUAAGACUUCUGUGAGUUCAAGUUCUAUAGGAGUAACUGUUUCAGGAGGAAAUAAACCUGGGAGCAGUUUAUUAAAUGCUGUGAGCUCUUCCUUAGUAACUAGAAACUCCAAUCCAACCACCAGUAGUAAUGGAAACAAUUCCUCAAACACAGUAGGAGCCAAACCAGUUAGUUCUAGUUCACUGAUGUCUGCUGACAAGAGACUGCAGAUCAUGAAAAAGAAAGCUGCAGCAAAAAUGCAAGAAAAACGAAGACUGUCCACUAAGUAGACGGUUAAUUCCCCUCUCCAGAAUUCGUAUAUGUUUAUUUCAAUAUUUAGCUAGAUCCCCUGUGAUUCUUUUAACAACCACUUAUUUCUUACAAUGUCAAAAAUGUUCGUACUGUGUAAAAUAUACCUCAAAAUAAAAUUAGAGUCUAGUACACUUUAGAAACUUUAAA